AUGCCUGCAGAAUAUCGGGAAGACAACUCCAAGGGCGCCAUGCUCCGGUUCGAGGACUCCCUACCGAGACUACCGGUCCCCUCGCUCGAAGAGACCUCUGCCCGCUACCUCAAGAGCCUUCACCCGCUCCUGUCCAAGGAGGAGUUUGCGGCCUCUGAGAAAGCCGUGGCCGCGUUCAACCAGCCGGGAAGCAUUGGCCAGAAACUGCAAGAGAGGUUAAUACGAAAGGCCCAGGAUCCCAAUGUCAAGAACUGGAUCAUCGACUGGUGGAACGAGGCUGCAUAUCUGGGGUACAAGGAUCCCGUGGUGCCUUAUGUUUCCUACUUCUACUCCUUCCGAGACGACCGCCGCCGACGAAACCCAGCCAAACGCGCGGCAGCCAUCACCACCGCCGCCCUGGAGUUCAAGCGACAGGUCGAUGACAAGAGCCUGGAACCCGAGUAUAUGCGUAAGAAGCCCAUGGCCAUGAGCAGCUACCAGUACAUGUUCAACACCUCGCGAGUCGCGGCCGAGCCGGUGGACUACCCCAUCCAAUAUCCCGCCGAGGGCCACGAGCACAUCAUCGUCAUGCGAAACAACCAGUUCUGGAAGCUCCAGACCCAUGUCGCUGGCAAACAGCUGAACACGUCCGAGCUCGAACUGCAGUUCAAGAAGAUAUACCAGAACGCCCAAUUGGCCGACCCGAUCGGUGCCAUCACCUCUCUCCCUCGCGACCAGGGCGCCAAAGCCCGGGACAACCUUCUUGCAGCGUCCGAUCUAAACGCUCAGGUCCUCGAGGAAAUUGAGUCCUCCUCCUUCUUUGUCUGCUUAGAUUCCACCAUGCCUGUCACGUUGGAAGAACGUGCCCGCGUCUACUGGCACGGCGACGGCUCCAACCGCUGGUAUGACAAGCCCGUCCAAUUCAUCGUCAACGACAACGGCACCGCCGGCUUUAUGGGCGAACACUCCAUGAUGGACGGCACACCCACCCACCGCCUGUGCGACACGGUCAAUGCCUACAUUGUGCAUAACAAACUCGACUUCGACAACCCAUCCGUCCGCUCCGACCUUCCCGACCCUGUUGCCCUAAAAUUCGAAACGAACGCCGCUGUGCUCGACGACUUGGCCAGCGCUCAAGCACAAUUCCGCCAAGUCAUCGCCUCGCACGACCUACGUGUGCAAGCCUACCAAGGCUAUGGGAAGGGUAUGAUUAAGAAAUUCAAGUGCUCCCCAGACGCGUACGUGCAGAUGGUCAUUCAACUCGCCUACCACAAGAUGUACGGUAAGAACCGACCGACGUAUGAAUCUGCGGCAACAAGAAAGUACCAGCAGGGACGGACGGAAACCACCCGGACCGUAUCUGACGAGUCCGUCGCGUUCUGCAACGCCAUGGCCGACCCGUCUGUCUCGCGUGAAGAAUGUGAGCGACUUUUCCGCGCAGCCGUACAGGCACAUGUUAAAUACACCGCGGAUGCGAGUGACGGCUACGGCGUCGACAGACAUCUCUUUGGGCUGAAGAAACUCCUCCAGGAAGGAGAGGGGACGCCCGAGAUUUUUACCGAUCCAGCCUACACCUACUCGAGUACGUGGUAUAUCAGCAGUAGUCAGUUGAGUUCAGAAUACUUUAACGGCUACGGGUGGAGCCAGGUUAUUGAUCAGGGAUGGGGUAUUGCCUACAUGAUCAAUGAGAACAGCAUACAAUUCAACAUUGUGUCUAAGAAACUCGGCUGCGAGAGGAUGAGUUUCUACCUCAACGAAGCGGCGAGUGACGUUCGUGACAUGCUCCUUCCCGGCUUGGAGCCACCAAAAGCCAAGCUGUGA